UUGUCGUUGGGAUACCAAAAUCAAAUAGACAUGGUCGCUUCCCUUGCCUUUGCCCUCCCUUCCCGCCCACUCCGAUCUCUGAGAAUGGCGAGGUCAGUGCUGGGAGUGCUGGCCUUCCUCCUCAGUUUCUACUCCCAGAUCCCCGCACAGUUAGCCGUCAGCCUCAACGGAAAUGCUAGUUUCCGCCUCCGACCGACAAACGAUACUUUGUGCGUGCACCUCAUUCGGCCCGCUGGAUACCAUUGCUCCGAGCACACGGUUCAAACAAAGGAUGGUUAUUUAUUGGCCCUUCAGCGCGUGUCGUCUCGUGCUGGGGAUAUAAAUGAACAGCGGGGUCCUCCGGUUCUGCUUCAGCAUGGGCUUUUCAUGGGAGGUGAUGUAUGGUUUCUGGAUUCUUCAGAGCAAUCGUUGGGCUUCAUCCUUGCAGAUAAUGGUUUUGAUGUUUGGGUAGGAAAUGUGCGUGGAACACGUUGGAGUCAUGGGCAUAUAUGUUUGUCUGAGAAAGAUAAGGAUUUUUGGGAUUGGAGUUGGCAGGAACUUGCUCUGUAUGAUCUUACAGAUAUGAUAUGCUACAUAAAUUCGAUAACUAACACCAAAAUUUUUGUUGUUGGACACUCACAGGGUACAAUCAUGUCUUUGGCUGCUUUCACUCAGCCAGAUAUAGUGGAAAUGGUUGAAGCUGCUGCUCUUCUGUCUCCCAUAUCAUACUUGGAGCAUAUCACUGCCCCAUUUGUACUUAGAAUGGUUAAUAUGCAUCUUGAUCAGAUGAUUCUUGCCAUGGGCAUUCAUCAACUGAACUUUAGAAGUGAUUGGGGAGUCAACCUCAUGGAUUCCAUAUGUGACGGCCAUGUAGACUGCAAUGACUUGCUAAAUACCAUAACAGGGAAGAAUUGUUGCUUCAAUAACUCGCGGGUGGAUUUCUAUCUUGAAUAUGUACCUCACCCGUCAUCUUCAAAGAACUUGCGUCAUCUAUUCCAAAUGAUUCGGAAGGGUACUUUUUCCAAGUAUGACUAUGGACUAUUCAAAAACCUAAAGCUAUAUGGCCAGCCAAAACCCCCUGUAUUUGAUCUUGGCCACAUACCCAAGUCAUUGCCAAUAUGGAUGGCUUACGGAGGCAAUGAUGAUUUAGCUGAUGUGAUGGAUGUGCAUCACACACUCAAGGAAUUGCAGUCCAAACCCGAGUUGCUUUAUCUUGAGAACUAUGGUCAUGUAGAUUUCGUGUUGAGUGUAAAUGCAAAGAAAGAUCUUUUUGACCAUAUGAUUUUGUUUUUUAGGUCAUGGGGAAAGUCUAGUAGUUUCUGAAAUGUUGGCUUGCAAUAUGUAAAUUGUAUGGUCCGAUGAAGUACUUUCCUUUUUUUUUUUUUUUUUUUCCUUUAAAUUGGUAAUGCAUGGAUGUAUUUGACUAACUAUAUUGUACAUAUAUUGUAAAAGUCAUGCUUAAAAAAUAAAUAAAUCGUAAAGGUCAUGAUAUCCAUCCCCCUUCUCUGUCUGAUGGUGAUAUUAUGAGCCAAAAUUAAAGUGGUAUUAGGUUUUAUUACUUUUCUGUAUUUUAUAAAUUAGUUCUUUUGCUUGGUAUAUACAACUCAAUCACCUGUACGGAGUUGAACUAGUGGCCCCACCCUCUGUGCCUCGUUUAUGGAGGAAGGAUAUGCCAUUUAGUCCAAGGAUGAUUGUCCAGUAUUUAUUACAUUUAAUCUGAAUUUUCUGUUUGGCUUGAAGAAAGGCAGGAGAAGAAAGAUAUCUCUAAUUUUUGAAACAAUGUGAAGUUUGGAUAGUCACUGUAAGCUUCCGCAUCCUUAACCUACCUCUUUUUAAUCUUUUUUUUGUGCAGAAACAACAAUGAUGACUGUCUCUUUAUAAUCUUUUAUUACUUUUCUGCACUGCAAAGGAGCCACCAGGAUAGCAGGAAACUGAAACUUCAUCAGAGGACAUAUGAGUGUCCAGUAAAGGUGUCUCCAAAUGCAUCAGGCUACUCAUCAAAGAUGCCAGGUUCCAUCCUAGGCCUGUUGCUGCUAGAUUGUUUCAGUUUUUCAUUUGUAGUUAUGUGUUUGUGAGGCAACUCUACCACACAAAUGAUUCUUUAAAUUAUAGGCAAUACUUAUUCACAAUACCCUAUUUAAACAUGCAUGAGUAUGUGCUUUUAUUUAGCUUUGACAGGCAUCAAGUGAUAUUUGGAGAAAGCCAAUCUCGCCUACUUUAGAUGAAUUCUAGUAAAGCUAGUUUAGAA